AUGCCCGCUCCUCAUACCAGAUUGUCGCCGCUCGAUUACACUGGCCGCCAGCAAGCCGGGAGCAGCCGCACAAGUGCCAGCUAUCGCUGCUACCGUGCCGCGGCCAUACCGCCGCCACGCCGCCGCCAUGCGGCCUACGUACCAAGCCAGCGCUUCUAUCAAUAUUUUCUAUUGCACCACAGCACCUGGUAUGGACUUGAUGUCGCGGGUGGCUCGCAGCUUGCUUGGGUAGAGUAUGGAAUUGGGGGCACUGACCCGACUCAGAUUUGA